AGCAAGCAUCGUUAUAGAGUAUUGACAAAUCGAAAGCAAUGGCUUUUAUUCAUACGUGCUUACUGUUAUUUUCCUUGAUGGCGUUUGGGGCGUGUUUCCCUGCGACAUGCCCAAGCAUCGAGGAUCUUUCUCCGUGCACUUGCAAGCGAAUCGGUUUAGGUCUUCGUGUCAUGUGUUCUGAUUUCAACGACCAUGCCCAGCUUAUAAAAGUUUUCAAGAUUCUGAGGGAUUACAGGGUACAGAUCGUCAUUCUCCACGACUUGAGUAUCAAAGACGUUCUACCUAAUACUCUGUUCGACGACCUGCAAAUUAACGAACUAAGGGUAGAGUCAUGUGAACUGAAAUUUUCUGGGGCUGCUUUCACCGGUUUGGAUGAAUCUUUGUCUGUUCUCAAUGUAGCUCAACAGACUGUAAUAGAAAGUUCGGAAGGUUUCUCUUUGGCGAAGCUCUCCAAGUUGAAUGAACUGAACGUGAAGGCUAACAGCUUAACUAAAGUGAACGAUGACUGGUUGAACGGAAAGACUCCGAAUGUCCACACAAUUGUUCUAGAAGAAAAUGAAAUCAGCAGUGUUGGUUCUCAUGCCUUUGCUCAUCUUGAUCAACUGAAAAUCAUCUCAUUGGCAGACAACCGAAUCAAAAAGGUAGAACGGUCGAUGUUCCCCAGACCGGCAUCAAACUUGAAAAGAAUAGAUCUCAGCAACAAUGAAAUUUCUCAACUUCCUGAAGACAUAUUUCUCGAAAUGCCAAAUCUUAAUGAAGUUGCAUUGAGCGGAAACGAUCUUCGAACACUGGAACGAAAUGUAUGGAUGCCAAUUUGGUCUCAACUGACAAAAGUAUACCUUGUUGAUAAUAAAAUGAAUUGUGACUCGGAGAUGAACUGGAUACGAGGGUACAGACAACCAUCAAGACUGGUUGGAAACUGUGUCGAACCACGUGAACUUCGUGGUCGACCGAUCAAAGAUGUCUACAGUCCAACAUAAGAUGUCUGCUUGUCUUCUUUAUUUUGUCACGUUUCAUAACAUAGUGUAAAUAGACUGCUUUCAGACACUUUCAUUGACUUUGAUGUGCAUCAUUUGUUCUUUCCCCAUCGAUUCACUCAUUAGCAGAUGUUAGUUAAAAUUCAUGGAGGAUGCAAUGACUGCACUUUUAGCAAUUGAGAUUACUCUUGAUUAUUUUUUGUAAUAAUUAGCCUAUACUUUUGAAGAAAACUGCCUAUUUAACCCUCUGGACGGAAGAUCCCUUUCUUAGGCAGACGCUGGUCAGAAUUUGUAGUUGUUAUAGGUGGUUCUAUGCAGUUUAGUCUUUUUGAAUAAUUCAAAAGCAAUUCCAAAGUACAGAUUGUAAAAAAUUUAUCCAUUAUAAUUUUAUAAUUUUAAAUCAACUAAUCAGACCAAACCAUCUAAAAAUGAGUGAGAAAUGUAAAAAAUCAAGCAACCCGUCUCAUAGACGGUGUAACUCUAAAAAAAUGAAAAGAGAAAAAAAAAAGAAAAGCUCUAACAGAAGGGUUACCAUUUCAUUUUAAUGAAUAAACAGUAAAAGCUUUCUAAUGAUAUUUAUAAACUUAGUUUUAAAGUAAGAACAGUUUUAUUACUUAUAAUACUAAAAGGGUUGAAAUUACCAAAAACAAUAAUAGAACAGUUUAAGUGAUUAAAGGAAUCAUUCUUUUUAAUUUAUGGUAACACACAUAUCAAGAUAGAGAAAUUUUAGAAUACUCAAUGCAUCCGCAGUAUUGUAAAUUGUUUGAUUGACAAAAAAUUUUAACUGGAUAUGUUUGAUUCUUCAGUAUAAUUUAUAAGACAAAAUAUCUCUCAAAAAAUCUGCAUUUCUGCAAUUAAAUUGAAAACAAUGAUACGAAAAUAGCUGGUAUAUUGAAUUUGUUCUAUCUGUUAAAAGGCAAAGCAUGUCAUCUUUCCAUGAAUUACUCAUACAUUGUACAGCAUUUCAAAAGGCGUUUUAUACACCGAUAGAUGAAGUUGUUUGUUUUGUCAAGAGUCAUCAUGUUCAAACGUACAAAAAAAUGUAAAUAGUUUUUAAAAACCUGUGAAUAUAUCGUUCUCAUAUUAACUUAAUAAUAAUUUUCAUGUGUAAAAAGAUUU